GGCUCAACUCUGAAGGGAGUGUAGAUGAUGACGCGCGUAACUAACCUAUUUACUUUAUUGAUCCAGCUUCCUAUCAUCCACCAAGUUAUGUUCCUGCGACAUUAGCAGCUCUACCUAGAUCUGCAGCCUCCCCAGGACGACCAGCCAUGCAAAACAAUAGAAAUUAUGAGCCACCAGGUGCUGGCAUGCGCAUGUCUGUAUCGGCCAUUCUAAGCAAAAGUGGCAAAGAGGAGAUGUAUCGGAGUAAACCGACAGUGGAUGAUCAAGGGUCUCGUGGACAGAGCCUUCCACCCAUUGGGCAAACUCCCAACCCUCCAUCUCCUUACUCCACUUUUCACGCAAGAAGCUCUAGCCAGCCUUUAAUUGAGAACCCGAAUCAACCUCCGCGAAAGCUCUCACAGCCAACACCUGACAAAGAACCCACCUCAGUGGAUACAAAAAAUCGCCUGGUCCAAGGUUUACUGGCUGCCGCUCCAUCCUCUGAACAACUUCCUCCAACCAAUGACUCUAUGCCACCUAAACCAGAUGCUGCUUCCAACUUGCAAGGCUCAACGGCGAUCCUGUCACGGGAUAUGCCCACAGGACAAAUGUUCUCUCCAACCGAUCCAACGCCUCGAAGAGCUAGUCUGGGCAAUCUAAUGAGUGCACACUCCCCAUUGAUACAACAACCUCAUCGCCGUGGAAGCUUGGACAGUGGAGCACCUCCCAACAAAACCACCAGCUUGAGAGAAUCCAUGCAGGAAGACGAAGAAGAAGAAGAAGAAGGUGUGCCAUUGCGCAUACCCAAGUUGAUCAUAAAAAACGAUCUAGUGUGGAAGUCAUUGGAAGGAAAGCCAGAAAAAUCUCUUGGAGUUUUUGUUUAUGAGCCUGGUGUGCAAUUGCCUGUACUGGAAGGACAAGAAAAUGCUACUCUAGAGGUUCGCAUCCCCUGCUGGUUCCUCACCUAUGAUAACAAGAUGGUGAAGAAGAGAGCGCUAUGGGGUACUGAUAUUUAUACCGAUGACACAGAUAUCGUUGCUAUGAUUAUUCAUACGGGAAAAUAUGAAGCCAUGUAUCAUGAACCGGAAGUGAAAUUGAAUAACGAUGUAAUGCUUGCCAUGUCUGGAACGGCAGCAUUAAUAGAACCACGACGCGUGGAUGUUAAUACGAAUAUACCUGACCACGACUUGAGCGUGACCCUACGCGUACUGCCCAAGUUACAACGCUAUACAGGCACCAUUCGACACCAUUUGAAAUCAAGGGACUGGGGAAGCAAUCAUGAUGGCAUGAGUUUAUUUGUUGAGAAAGUUGAACAGCUUCCAAGAGGUGAAGCUCGAAGCAAAGGGCGUUCAGCCCUCAAGAGCGGGCUCUUUGCUUACCAAGACCUCCGACGAUGGGCCAUCACCAACGAAAAAGGUCAAGCGACAAGUGACGGUUCAUUCGCAGACGAAGAAGAUAGCCAUGAUAUGAGUCGAAAUAGGGGAGUGCGAAAGAAGAUCAAGAUGUUUCAAAUGAGAGAAGCUAUGGUAUCGCAAGGUUGAAUAGGC